AGGUUUUCUGGAAUAAGCAUUUUAAAAUCUAAUCUUUUUCAUAAUGUACUAAAAACACAAAAGCUCGCAUUAUAUUAGUUAUCGAACACACAUUUAAUCAUCAAUUAAAAUUUACAAAGAAAAAGUAAGAUACAACAUCUUAAUAAUUACGGUACGUUAAAAAUUGUGAUCAAUGGUUUGUCAGUGAGGAAAAUGGCGCCCGGUUGAACGUUUUUUGCAACGAUAGCAACGGAGUAGUAUCAGGACGUAACACUGUAGUACUCUAUUAUCACCAAAAGUACUGGUGAUGACCUGGUCACGGCACAUAUAAUUAAAAAAAUGUUACCAUGUCUAUUAGACCAACUAACAUUCUCUAUUAAUUGUUCAUUUUCAUAGGGUGUAUUUCCAAAUCUUCUAAGAUUACCUGAAGCACCCCCUGUCUACAGAAAGGGAGACAAAGACCAAAUUUCUAAUUAUAGGCCUAGAUAUUUCUCUCCUAAGCGUUUUCUCAAAGAUUAUCGGGAAACUUAUGCACCAACGACUUUAUAAUUACCUGAAUAAAUAUAAUAUUCUCUAUACCCAUCAAUACGGCUUUCGCCAUAGUCAUUUCAAAUCCCAUGCUACUCUUGAUUUUAGUUAAUAACAUUACGAAUGACUUCGAUAAUAAACAGUUUUUGCUCUCCAUCUUUUUAGAUUUAUCUAAAGGCUUUUGCUUUAUUAACCAGAAUACUAUUAUUUGUAAAUUAUUUAAUUAUGAUAUUAGGGGAGUUGCAUUAAAUUGGUUUAAAAUCCAUUAGGAAAAGCACAAGCUGUAUGUUGCCAUAGGUUACUGCAAACCAUCAGUGAGAGAUGUGACCUGCGGAAGACCACAAGAGUCUGCAGUAGGGCCCAUUUUAUUUUAAAUUUUCGUAAAUUAUGACCUUCCUCAAACGAGUGAUACUCUAACGGUAAUAUCCUUUGCAGAUGAUAUUUUUUUUAUACCCACUUAGAUCUAAAUGUUAAUACUGUUAACACAGAACUACACAUUUUCACUGAAUGGUUAGCCGCAAAUAAAAUUUUCACACCAAAAUAAAAAAUAAAUCUUUCUAAUUUGAAAACUUUCAAAUUUGAAAUAAAAAAAAAAAAUGAAAUAAAUAGUAGAUUGAGCGAAAAAACUAUACUUUGCUUCUUGGUGUGUAUAUAAGAACAGUUACGUUGGAUCAAACAACAAAAUUAUGUUUCUAAAAGAAAUUCUAAAGUGAUUAGUGUAGUUAGUAGAUUGCGAUCUUCCCCUAAUAUACUCUACCAAUAUUAACAAUACGCUCAUUCAACCCCACCUUCUCUAUUGCAACCUAAUUUGGGCAGCUGACUACCCCACAAAUUUAGAAAAGCUUUAACAAAUUAAUUAAACGUGCCGUUCGAAAAAUUACUUUUUCUGACUAUCUUGCUCCCUUUAAACCUCUUUGUAAAAAAAAACUAAAUAUACUUAAAAUUAAUUAGCAGAAAGUCGCCAAAUCAAAUUAGUACAAUUGAUUAACAACAAACAGCUAACUGCAUAGGCUGAAAAGAUAUAUUGGUUUAGUUGUUUUUUUUAAAUUUGUUUAUUUAUUUUUAUUUUUCUCUUAAUAUAUUUUAGAAAUUGUGCAUGUUUAUUUUGUAAGUUUCACCAUAAUCAUGAUAUUUGUGAGUUCAACGUUUUCAGCCGUCUGGCUGUUUAUUGUACAUUUUAUACCGUAAUAUAUAAUUUUUUUUAAAUAGUAUAUUGCUGGAUGAGUGCUUUAAAUUGUUAGUUUUAGGGGACACCUUUUUGGUGUCGUUCUACACAUUUAUAGCAAUGUCUAUCUGUUCCUUAGGAAAAGUCUGUAGCAGAUUUAGAACUGCGACUCUAGCAAAACCAGAUAAUUGGCAAAAUGGUGACUGUGUGCCUAGUAGAACUAUCCAUGCUACCAAAGCAAGAGGUUCGAUCCAAUGUUCAUCGAUGUGUCUACGGCGUUUUCCGGAGUGUAACUCUAUCAGAUACGACAAGGUGUCAAAAUCGUGUGAAUUAUUGGCGUGCAUGAUGCUACCUAAACGAGAAAACAAGAAUUGUAUGACAUAUGGAAUAAAUCUGUCCCGUGAUUGCAGUGAAAUAUUGAAGACAUCUCCGAGUUCUCAAAGUGGAGUAUAUGCAAUUACCAGUAACGACGGAACCAGGACAUGGCCUGUUUACUGCGACAUGGUCACCGACGGUGGAGGAUGGAUAGUUUUUCAGAAACGUCAGUCUAGUUGGACCGAUUUUAAUAAUUCGUGGUUACAUUACAAGAAUGGUUUCGGCACUAUGUGUGAUUUCUGGCUAGGGAACGAACUAAUCCAUCAGAUAACAGCAUCUGGAGAGUACAGCCUUCGACUGGAUAUGACUACGACAAAUGGUGACGUUUACUUUGCAACAUACUCAUCGUUUACCGUCAAGGGAGAGAGUGACAAGUACAGAUUGGAACUUGGAGAUCUAAUAGACGACAAUGCUGGGGAUGUACUUUCAUUUGCACGUGGUAGAGAUUUCUCAACCUACGAUAUAGACAAUGAUGAUCAUGUUACUAUUCAUUGCGCUAAGGUUAUUUCUGGUGGUUGGUGGUAUUCAGACUGCUUUAAAUGCUUGCUAAAUGGCUUGUUAGUAAACUUCAAGUGCGCGAUUAAUGAUGCGUUUCCCAAGCUGCCGUUGAGUCAUUCGGAGAUGAAGAUGAAGAGGAGGCUGUAAGUCGUUUUCUCUUUUGAGGAAACUUGUAAUAAAAACAAAUUGUAGAAUUUUCAAGUGAGUUUAACAAUUAGUGUUUAAGAUGAAGUACGCAUGGAAAUUAUGUUGAAUGAUAUAGCUCUAUUAUAUUUAUUAUUUGUAAUGUUAAUGUGGUGAAGACUAUUAUAUUGAAUAGAAACAAAUCGAGUACAUUAUACAAUUAGUAAGUCAGACCUUAGAUUAAUCAACGGCUAUAUACUAGAAUAGAAUACACAAUAGAAUAUUUUUCUAUUGUGAAACUGAUAAUUAUUCAUAUAAUAUUUUAUAUAUAUAAUAUAUUUUAUAUAUAUAUAUAUAUUAAUAUUAUAUGUAGUGUUGUCUAAAAGAAAUAGGAUGUUAGGCUUAAUUUAUAGAACAUGUUUUAAAUGUUUUGACCAGAUAUCGACACUAAAAAUGUUAAAUUUUGCACUGGAGAACUCAAAUCUUGAAUUUCCUGGUCACGUUUGCUCUCCUUUUAAAAUAAAUGAAAUAAAAAUUAAUCUAAUAAAUACAAAGACGGACUACGAAAAAUGAUAUAUAGGCCCAGACCUGAUGAAAUCCGAACUGCCUAUCCCGCCAGGACUAGAAAACCGAAGGAAUAUAAGUGAUCCUACUCUUUUUUACAUGAUAUGGGAAAGAAUAGGCCUAAUUUAUUUUGAUAUUAAUACUGGUUUCUCGUCUUAUUCACCGUUUAUAUACAUUCCGUGUCACUCAA